CCAGCGUCCAGGUUUACCUGAUCCAGUGUGCCAAAUCCACUGAGUGGCACACAGGAAGGUGAACGGUGGUCAGUGGAGAUAACUGAAACUUUUUCGGCUCUUUUUGGUGACACUAAUAAGAUCAGACAGCAUCGUCUCUCGUCGUCUCGACGUUCUCCUUCCCCUCUUCCCCCGUUGAAACUCGGAUCCCCUCGCUGCAACCAUGGCGGUCAUGAAGAUGAAGUUCCCCUUUCAAAAAAGGGUGAAGCUGGCUCAGGGGCUGUGGCUCCUCUCCUGGUGUGCCACAGUGGCUGGGGCCACGACCUUCACCCUGGGCUGCCUCCUGAAGACAGAGCUCCGCAGGAGAGCAGAGGUAAUGGAUAACACAGACAUACACAUCGUGCCCAACACCCUCAUGAUCGUUGGUCUGGCUUCUUUGGGCAUCAACUACUUUGCAUCAAAGAUCUGCCAAGACGCUUUGGAUGCGGGACGAUUUCCCCGCUGGAAGAACUUCUUGAAGCCCUAUUUCGCCAUCUCCUGCUUCUUCACCGUCCUCAUGCUGCUCACCGUCAUCAUGAGCUACGCAAUGACGAGCAGUCUGGAGUCUUCUUUGAAGGUCGGCCUGAGGAAUGGCAUCCGCUUCUACAAGGACACAGACACCCCAGGACGCUGCUUCCAGAAGCAGAACAUCGACCGCCUGCAGAUGGAGUUUCAGUGUUGUGGGAACAACGACUUCAGGGACUGGUUUGAGGUCCAGUGGAUCAGCAACCGCUACCUUGACUUCAGCUCCAAGGAAGUGAAGGACCGCAUCAAGAGCAAUGUAGAUGGCCGUUUUCUAGUGGAUGGUGUCCCGUUCAGCUGCUGCAACCCCAGCUCCCCACGACCGUGCAUCCAGUAUCAGCUCACCAACAACUCUGCUCACUAUAACUACGACUACCAAACCGAGGAGCUCAACAUCUACCUUCGAGGCUGCAGAGAGGCCCUGGUUAACUAUUACAUGGGCUUGAUGAACACCAUAGGUGCUGGAGUGUUGUCAGUCUUCCUCCUGCAGGGUUCCGUGUUGGUGAGCCUGCGCUUCCUGCAGACUGCCAUGGAAGCAGUCGCAGGGAAUGAAAACACAGAGAUUGAGACGGAAGGGUACUUACUGGAGAAGGGAGUGAAAGAAACCAUCAUGGAGUACCUCGAUCCAGUCCUGAAGUUCCUCUUGCUUAAAAACCAGGUGCAGGAGGGGGAGACGGCCCCUGUUACUGCCUGAAACACACAACAUGCACACACCUGUAAAUAAUUAUUCCAGAGACAAAUAAACAUUAUUUAUUCACAUUUAAAAAAGGAUUAUAAAUUUUAAUAUUUUUUUUAUUGUCAGGCAAUGACUUCUCCCUGGUUUUGCCUUUACCAUUAAAAACACAACAUAAACAAUGAACCAGGUGAUUCAACAGUUUUUGAUUGAAUGAAAUGCUAAAAAUGAAAAUACCACAGUUUCUACUUCAACUUUUAUUCUCCUGUUAUGUACUUUUCAUGAAAAUUUUCAGUUAUUAUUUCACCAAUUUUGUUUGCAGUAAUUGCUUUUCAAAGCGAUGUGAACUCCCCAUUGCAUCUUCACAAUCACUGAAAAGACAGUAUUUGAUGAGGCAGUGUACUGAAAAAAAUCUGGUUUCAUGAAAGUAAAAAUGUAAACCUGACUGUAGUGAGACAAAGGGCAAAAAGCUCUGCGGUGCAGCAGGACAUUGAUAUAAAUGAACAGAUGGCUUAUUAAAGUUUAACGUUACCAAGAGA